AUGGUAGAAGAGGAGGAUAAGCAAAUCUUACCUCAUAAAGAAUCAUUGGAGAUUGUGAGUCUAGAGGAGGGAAAAGAAGUAAAGAUCGGAACUGACAUUUCUGCUAAGACAAAGCAGGACCUCAUUGAGUUACUCUGGGAAUUCAAAGAUGUCUUUGCAUGGUCAUAUCAGGAUAUGCCUGGGUUGAGCACUGAUAUUGUGGUGCACCGUCUUCCCAUAAAAGAGGAUUGCAAGCCACUCAAGCUUAAUCCAACAAAGUGCACUUUUGGAACUAGAUCGGGGAAGUUGUUUGGCUUCAUAGUUAGUGGGAAAGGAAUUGAAGUUGAUCCAGACAAAGUCAGGGCAAUACGUGAUUUGCCUCCACCACACACACAGAAGGAAGUACGGGGUUUUUUGGGAAGAUUGAACUACAUUUCUCGGUUUAUUUCACAACUAACUGAGAAAUGUGAUCCCCUAUUUCGUCUCCUAAAAAAACAUAAUCCGGGCGUUUGGGAUGAAGAAUGCCAGAAGGCUUUUGACAAAAUAAAACAAUAUUUGUCUAAUCCUCCAGUUCUAUCAUCACCUAAUCCGGAUAGGCCAUUAAUACUGUACCUAACAGUGUUUGACAAUUCCAUGGGGUGCGUGUUAGGCCAGCAUGAUGAGACAGGGAGAAAAGAAAGGGAAAUAUACUAUAUCAGUAAGAAAUCCACUAAUUGUGAGGUGAGAUAUUCAACUAUUGAGAAGUUGUGUUGUGCUUUGGUUUGGACAACUCGAAGAUUACGACAAUAUAUGUUGUAUCACACGACAUUGCUAAUUUCAAAGUUAGACCCCUUAAAGUAUAUGAUGGAGUCGACAACUUUAAAUGGAAGGAUGGCCAGAUGGCAGAUCUUGCUUUCUGAAUUUGACAUAGUGUAUGUGAGUCAGAAGGCUGUGAAAGGGAGCGCAAUAGCUGACUUCUUAGCUAUCAGAGCUUUGGUGGAUUAUGAGCCUUUGAACUUUGAUUUCCCAAAUGAGGAUUUGAUGUAUGUGACAACCGCUGAAGAAAAUCCCCAAAUGGAUCAGGUGUGGAAGUUAAAUUUUGAUGGAGCCUCAAAUGCUGUAGGUAAUGGAAUUGGGGCAGUCCUAAUAUCUCCAAGCGGAGAUCAUUAUCCUUUUGCUAGCAAGCUAGAUUUUGAUUGCACAAAUAAUAUGGCAGAGUAUGAAGCGUGCAUUAUGGGCAUUCGUGCAGCCAUCGAGCGUAAAAUCAAAAUGUUAGAAGUGUAUGGGGAUUCUGCACUAGUGAUAUAUCAACUCAAGGGAGAAUGGGAAACAAGGGACUCUAAACUGAUCAGUUAUCGAAAGAUGGUUCUCGAAUUGAUGGACGAGUUUGAUGAUAUUACUUUUUGUUAUCUUCCACGAGAUGAGAAUCAGAUGGCUGAUGCGUUGGCUACCUUAGCCUCUAUGAUCCGAGUGAAUAGGUUAGAGGACAUGAAGCCUAUCCAGAUGAGUAUUUUUGAAACCCCGGCUCAUUGCUAUAAUGUCGAGGAAGAGGGGAAGGAUGAUCAUCCCUGGUAUUUGAAUAUAUUGCGAUAUAUAAAGAAUCAUGAGUAUCCAGAUCAGGCAACGGAGAAUGAUAAAAGAGCACUGAGAAGAUUGGCUAUUGACUAUGUUCUAGAUGGAGAAAUCCUGUACAGAAAAGGGAAGGAUCAAGUAUUGUUAAGAUGUGUGGAUGCAGUAGAAGCUAGAAAAAUUCUAGAAGAAGUCCAUGAAGGUAUCUGUGGCACACAUGCGAAUGGUUUCACAAUGGCCAGGCAGAUCAUGAGGUUUGGGUAUUAUUGGUCUACUUUGGAAAGGGAUUGCAUCAGCUAUGCUAAGAAGUGCCAUAAAUGCCAAAUUUAUGGUGAUAAAAGGCAUGCACCUCCUUGA